AUGAUCCUGCCUGUCUGUUUCCUGCUCACCCUGUGCCUGGGGAUGUGUCAGUGCCUGGGCUCCUUUGUCCACUGCGAGCCCUGCGAUGAGAAAGCCAUGUCCAUGUGUCCGCCGACCCCCGUCAGCUGCGAACUGGUGAAGGAGCCCGGCUGCGGCUGCUGCAUGACCUGCGCCCUGGCGGAAGGGCAAUCGUGCGGGGUGUACACCGAACGCUGCGCCGGGGGGCUCCGCUGCCUGCCCAAGCAAGGAGAGGAGAAGCCGCUGCACGCCCUGCUCCACGGCCGGGGGGUCUGCCUGAGCGAGAAGAUCUACCGGGACCAGAUCAAGAUCGAGCGGGAGUCCAGGGAGGAAGAUCCGACUACAUCAGAGACAGACGAAAACUACCCGACAAAGCCUCGCAAAGGGGGCCGAGGGGUCCCGGAACACAAAGUCAUCGCCCUGAACAACUUCCGUCAGAAAAAACAAUCUGCCUCAAGGAUCGUGUCAGUGGAGAACAAAGGUCAAAGCCACUCUGAGUACAGCAUCGAGUCCGAGAUGGGUCCUUGCCGUAGACAGAUGGAGACCGUUAUGCAGGACAUGAAGAUGUCUCAUCGGGUGUACCCAAGGGCAUUUUAUAUUCCUAACUGUGACCGGAAAGGAUUCUUCAAAAGGAAGCAAUGCAAGCCCUCCAGAGGUCGCAAGCGUGGGAUCUGCUGGUGCGUAGACAAGUACGGACUUAAGCUUCCCGGAAGCGAUUACGCCGCCAGCGACCUGCAGUGCCACAGCUUCGACAGCAGCAACAUUGAAUGAUCCCGCUGCCAUCUCAGUAAUGCCAAGACGGCCCAGGUGGACACGAUCACUCUUGGUUUUUGUUUGUUGUCUCUUUAUUUUUUGUUA